AUAUACACAUAAAUAUUAUCCAGAAGAAAAUGAGCACUUUGACUUUCGUGGAACUUAUCACAGAGAAUCGGUUACUCUUGCUUACUGCACUCAUUGUUUCUUGGAUAAGUUUCAAACUUUCACAGUUAUUGUUGAUCUAUUUGAAAUACACUGUUGGAGUAUGGUGCUUUUCUAAACGGAAAACACUUCGUCAGGCUGGUGAAUGGGCAGUUGUCACUGGUGCAUCGUCAGGUAUUGGUGAAGCGUAUGCAGAAGAAUUGGCCACAGAAGGUCUCAAUAUCAUGCUUAUCAGUAAUGAUGAAGAACAACUAUCAGUCGUUGCUAAUCAAAUCGCAAAUACCUACAAUGUUCAAACACGAAUUGUUGUUGCAGAUUUUACUAAAAAUGAUGUUUAUGAAAUAAUAAGACCUGCUGUUGACCAACUGUCCACAAUUGCUUGUUUAGUUAACAAUGUUGGUAUGUUGUUAGCGUUUGAGUUGUUUGCCGGAGAAGUUGAUUCACCGAAUGAAGAAUCAAUCAAAAAUAUCAUUCAUUGUAACAUUUUAUCUACACUGAUAAUGACAAAUAUCAUUCUGCCGAAAAUGUUAACACAGAAAGAACCUAAUCCUGGUAUCAUAAACAUUUCAUCUUAUACAGCUUUAAAAGUGACACCCUACUUGACAAUUUAUCCUUCAACCAAAGCAUUCAUUAUUCAAUUCUCUAGAUGUCUGGCUGCAGAAAAGUAUAGAAAGAAUGUGAUUAUACAAACGAUGUAUCCAUUAUUUGUAUCUACAAAUAUGACCGAUUUAAGAGAACCCACAUAUUUCACACCAUCUGCUAAAGUUUAUGCUAAAAGUGCAUUGGAUAUGUUUGGUGUUGAACAACAAACCACUGGUUAUUUUCCACAUGAGUUAAAAGCAUUUAUAUACAAUUUGUUGCCAACAUCAUUGUGGGUAAAAAUAAUCGAACGUACGUUCACUCCAAUCAGUAGAAAAUCGAAGAAGUUUGACUAAGAUGAAUUUUGUUUUUGAACUUUCCUGAGAAACAGUAAAACCUAAAAAUGAACAUUUCGAAGCUUUUACGAAUUUCUUUCCAAUUAGUUAAAUGCAAUGAUAUACAUCCAUUCUAUACCGUAGUUUCUCAUUAGCUACUUACAACCAAAUUGUUGUUAAAUUUUACAUUGAGGUAAGACUUAGCGUGAAGCAAUUGACUUAAGUGAAUAAAAUGUAUUGAAAUGACAAACGUUAUGAAUAAUCACUAUAUAUAUGUAUGUGUGUGUGAGUGAAAGAACAAAUCGGAGGUCAUUUGGUGUUAGAAGCAACAACAAAAUCAUGAGAGGUGAGUGAUGUAAUAACUCAAUCAAGUUCAGAGAUAGAUAAUAUAAAUUGUGUGAUAAUUUUAGAAGUAAUGAAGGGGUUGCAUAAUAUUGCUGGAAUUAAUAAGAACUGGUAAGAUGAGUUAGUUAGAGUCCGCGUGACUAUCUUGACUAAUGAUUUGAGACUCUAGGUGACAUGACUCAAAAUCUAUCACAAUGGUGUAGGUGUAUACACUCUUCGUCUUCCCUUGAACUAUGAGAUUAAAAUCUUUCUUUCUACCAACUAAUUGUUUCUUCCUGUACUAUAACCCUUAGGCACAAUCCUUCUUUUAUAUAUUACCACCCUUAGAGUAGCUACUUCUAUGAAUUUGGUGUUCAUCUUGUGCUAAUGUGGUAUGUCAACUUGAACCGAUACAUAUAUGCUCCUGAUCCUACGUUGUAGCUGACU